GACGGACGGGCGGGCGGGCGGGCAGCUGUGGUUCCGCCUCCCCCGGAGCGAGGCGGUCAUGGCCGGGCCGCCGGGCCGAGAGAGCCGAGAGGGGCCGGCCGCCCUGGCGCUAGCCCAGGCUCGCUUCGCCAGGGGCGACUUUGCCGAGGCGCAGGCGCUCUACUCCGCCUUCAUCGGGCAGUGCGCGAGUCGCGGGAGCAAAUGCAGCCCCAAGGAUUUGGCGACCGCAUAUAACAACAGGGGGCAAACCAAGUACUUCAGCGUUGAUUUUUAUGAAGCCAUGGACGACUACACGUCUGCUAUAGAAAUCCUGCCCAACUUUGAAGUUCCGUAUUACAACAGAGGCUUGAUACGCUAUAGGCUGGGGUAUUUUGAUGAAGCUUUGGAAGACUUCAAGAAGGCAUUAGACCUCAAUCCUGGAUUUCAAGAUGCUGUUUUGAGCUUAAAACAGACCAUUUUAGACAAAGAAGAAAAACAAAGAAGAAAUGCUGAGAAAAGUUACUGAAACUUAAGUUCUUGAAAUUUUAACUCAGGGUCCUUAAACCUACAUCUGAUUAGCUCUAAGAUGUACACAGAACUAUUUUGAUUAUGUGAGAGACUGCAUUUUAGAAGUGAAAGUAAAAUAAUAUGUUUAAUCAAAGUUACUCAUUUCAAGAGAGACCAUGUUGGAUAGAUCUUUUAAUAGAGUAAAUAGAUAAUAUCAAUGUACAUUAUUAUAACAAAAUAUUUAAAUCGGUAUGUAUGAUUUUUAGUAAAGGUUUUAUUUUUACUACA